CACGAAUUCAGAAUUCAAAGAGAAAACUGUAAGAACCUUCUCAGCGCUUUCAUCACGCAAGCUUAUUUCUCUUUUCACAUCCUUUCACUAUAAACGGUUACAACAAAACUGUUUCUAACCAACUUUCUUUCUUUUUUUUCUCUUCGAUUCUUCCAACUGCCAUAGCCACAACAAUAUCCAAAAUGCAAGUUUCAGGUGCAAUCACCGACGUUUUGGUGGUGCUUCCUUCUUCAUCAUCGCUCCGGCUACCGGAAUUCCGCCAUUUGCAUGCUCACGACGCCAAGAAUUUUCUUUCCCGUCGAUUUCUUAAAAGUUGUCCUCCAUCUUACUUUGCUAAACACUAUAAUGAACCCUACAAUUUCCGAGCUAAAAGAUUAGCUGUGAGAGCAUCUGCAGAAUCAAGUGAUAGUUUUGCGCCUUCUCCUCCUCUCGAAUUUGAGUCCCCAGUUGGUCAGCUAUUGGAACAAAUUUUGCAAACUCAUCCUCAUUUAGUUUCAGAAACCAUUGAUCAACAGCUAGAGAAACUUCUGGCUGAAAGAGAUGCCCAAAAAGAAGAAUCUUCUACUUCAGACGUGGAUUCCCUUUAUAAGAGGAUAUCUGAAAUCAAAGAGAAAGAAAAGCGUACAACAUUGGAAGAGAUAAUGUACUGCUCGAUCGUAAACAGAUUUCAACAGAGCAAAAUUUCAAUGAUACCAAAAAUAUCAACAACCUCGGAUCCUAAUGAUCGAGUGGAUGUAUGGCCAAAUCAAGAAUUUAAGCUAGAAGCUGUUCAUUCUCCAGAGGCAUUUGAGAUGAUACAGAGUCACUUAUCUUUGGUACUAGAAGAACGGACUGUGGGUCCUCUCCAGACAAUUGUUCAGAUGAGCAAAAUCAAACUGGGAAAGUUAUAUGCUGCUUCAAUAAUGUAUGGAUACUUUCUCAAACGGGUUGAUGAACGGUUCCAACUUGAGAGGUCAUCGGGAAUACUUCCACAGGAUUUUAGUAGCGAAAAUAUAAUUUUUGACGAACCAUCACCACCAAACAAGCUCUGGGAUUCCGAUUCCUUGAUUAGGAUCUAUCCAGAUGAGGAAGGUUAUUAUGAAAAGGAUUACAUGGAUACUGGUGAAGGAAAAUCAUAUGGACUGAAAGCUUAUGUGAUGCAGUUGGAUGCAGAUACACUUCAGAGACUUGCUUUCUUACGCUCCAAGGAAGCUAUAUCGUUGAUUGAAAAGCAAACUCAGGCCCUCUUUGGAAGGCCUGAUAUUCAAGUUACGGAGGAUGGUUCAAUUGAAACUACCAAUGAUGAAUUACUUUCACUUACCUUCUCAGGCGUGACCAUGCUGGUUUUGGAAGCCGUUGCUUUUGGAUCAUUCCUAUGGGACCAAGAAAACUAUGUUGAUUUUAAGUAUCCUUUUCUUAAUAAAUAGAAGACUGUACCUGUUGAUUUUUCUCCCAUUCGUUUAGAUUGUAAAUGUAAAGCAUGGAGCUUUACCCUUAAGAAUUGAUUGCAAUUUUAAACAGGAGUAAUUUUGCAAUAUUUCUGAACUAGAGAAAAACCACAAUCAUGUGAAAUAUGGUAAAAGUAUGUACAGUGCAUUAGGUAGAACCCCAGGAUAAUCUUCUCAUCAAUGGAAGAGCGAGCUUUGUAAUUCAUGCAGAAUUUCUAUUGUGUAAUUUCUUUUAUUAAAUUUCAAAUAAUAGUCAGGAAUUUCAUGCAA